AAACUUAUUAAAUAGUUGAAGAAAAUGUAAGUUGCUAUUGGUUACCAUGAGUAACUCGACGUGCCUGCAAUUUUCCUGAUGGCUGUUAUCGAUAUAGACAACUGGGCAGACGACGAAUUGUUAACGGAAAGUGAACGACUGGAAUUGAGAGCAUUGGACAGCCGAGCCUUUGGAAAAGCAGCUUUUUCUCGCCAACCAGAAGGUGUUCACUUGAAGCUUCUUUUAGAAAAGGCAAUCAGUGAGUUGGAGGAUAGAUUAGGCACCUUUUGUGGCUCAGAUGUUGAUGAAAAGGACAUACAUUCUGAUAUAUUUCUCAAAUUGGGACACUACUCUCUCCUCCUGGAAAGGUUUCCUCAGGCACUUUCUGCUUACCAGAAAUAUCUAUCCUUGAACGAAGACUCCUAUUGGAAGAACACGGCUUUCCUGUUUGGUCUAGGAAUCGUAUACUUUCAUUUCAACUCCUUUCAUUGGGCUAUUCGAGCGUUUCAACACAUACUAUACUGUGACCAGUCGUUCUCGAGAACCAAGGACGUGCAUCUGUUUUUGGCGCUUCUCUUUAAGAAUACAAGAGACUUCACAUCUUGCAGCAAACAUUUCAAUUUUGCACUCUGUGACCCAAGUGAAAGUUUGCUGCUCACAUUUCCAGAGAUCAAAUUUCACGAAGCACACGGCGAGGAGUUACAGGGAAACAACGCACAAGCGAAGAAGGGGUUUGAGGAGAUACUUUUGUAUGAAGGUCUAGACGCAAAGACGAAGGCAUUGGUUUUGAAACAACUCGGGUGGCUUCACGAAACUGUCGAAGAGUUUGGAACAGAGGUAAACGCAAGAGUGAGUGCAGCAGUAGAUUUCUACCACCAGUCUCAAGACUGUAAUCCAGAAGACGGAGAAGUCUACUACUAUUUGGGCAGGUGUCACGCUUUACUAGGAGACGUACAAGCUGCUUUCGGAUAUUAUAGAUCUGCAAUAGACAAACGGGAAUCGUGUCCGGAUACCUGGUGUUCCAUAGGUGUGUUGUAUCAGCAACAGGGCCAACCGUCGGAUGCUCUGCAGGCGUUCAUCUGUGCCGUGCAAUUAGAAGAAGACCACGUGUCCGCCUGGCUCAACCUCGGCAUACUCUACGAGAGCGAAAAGCAGUGCAGAGACGCCUUCAUUUGUUACCAAAACGCGUCCAGAAAAUCAAGAGACCUUACGGAAGCACUUCGACCACGAUUAGAGUCUUUACGAGCCGAAGUCAUGGCUUCUCAACAGAAAAACAAGCUCAGCAUGAAUUCACCGACCUUCAAACAACAAGGUUUGAUCCAAGGAGGAACCCAAAACGCGCAAUUGGGCUCACAUAACAGGAAAUUGCACUCAAUAGACGAAGCCUGGAACCUCCCGAUUCCCGCAGAAUUGACCUCGCGAAGACGUGUGAAGAACUCGAAACGCGGCAGUGAACCAACUAUAAUGGAUAUAGGGUCCACAGUCCAGCCAGGAGGACCGGGACUAAUUGUUUCAGAUGGAGAUAUUGUGGGCGGAAAAAGACAACGUCAGGGAAAUGCUCCAAUCCAUGGCCAAGAAGCAGUGCCUGCGUUCCCGCCCGAAGAGUUCGAACAAAUGCGAAGUUUGGAGACACAGUUGAAAACUAUGGGACAACUUCAGCCCAGUCUACAGAUGAGAUUAUCUCAGUUAAAAGUGAAGUUUCAACAAUUCCAGACCGGGCAGAGCAAACGACUGGUGUUAGCAUCUUCCUCCUCUGUCGCCUCUCCUCCUUCUGCCAGUGCAAUUCCAGGAUCCAUUCCUCAAUUGGGGCCAUCUGAGUCGACUGCAUAUCAACAUCAGUCAGCUGUCGCUGCCCCUUACCUAACCCAAUCCAACGGCAAUAACUUUGCUCCAGAACAAGUGCUGGACAUCAAUAUCAAGAUGGACACCAACGAAAACAGUGCUCCUUCUAAACCUUCCUUAGACUUAACCGACACGCUUAAUGUGCUCCAUUCAAUGGUAGAUCGAGGUGCGCAAGCCACUCUACUGCCAGUUAAAGACGCUGCUAAACUUCUUUCGGAAUCUACGCAUACCGGUGAGCUCAAGGAAGAGCAUGACCUUAGACAGCCGCUUCCUCCAAUAUUCAAUGUGCAAGGUACGACUUGGAAGCCAAAAGAAGUGCCACCGUCAAUUCACAUUCACUUAUCGCCAGAACUGCUUAAAACGGUUAAAGACUACGACAACAAUGUAGAUGAUGUGGAUGCUUGGAGAGUGCUGAACCAUGAGCUCCCACCACCAUUACCACCUGAGGUGCCCAAAAAUUCCACUCCCGAGCAAAAUGGAGGAUCGGAACAUUCGAACAUUGCGUGGUUACAUCCUCCGACGCCCACAGUUACGGUGGAAUCUAAGAGAGAGGCAUAUUCGGAGAAACUGAUGGAGUAUGUUCUUCUGAAGAACCAGCCAGUGACUGUGAUUAAAGGCCUGACAACUGCGCUCAAAAUUGAUCUGAGUUUGUUCACGACCAAAUCACUGUGCGAAUACAACCCAGAGCACCCAGUUGAGGUCCGCAAUCAAGUGAAUCAACCUCCGGACGAGAACUGGGGAGGACCGCCUGGCGAAUACGUGUUCCAGUGCUGGCCAUGUUCAUCCAGCAAAGCGACCUCAACCAUCACCAAGUAUGCACACUAUCAAGUGUCAAUGUUCCUAGCUCAUCAACAGGAAGCACAGUCGGGCACGAAUUCAUCGCCGAGCACAAAGAACGGCACAACGCCUCAAUGCUCUUCGCCCGAACUGUCUUCGGCAGAAGGCAGCCCGAGUAAGUCUAAGAGGGGCAAAAAACAGAAGUUUAAGCCAAUCAAGUUUGGAACUAAUGUGGACUUGUCUGAUGAAAAGAAAUGGGGUCCGCAAUUGCAGGAGAUCAGCAAGCUGCCAAUAUUCUGCAGGCUAAUCUCUGCUGCUAACAUGCUGAGUCACCUGCCACAUACAAUCCUCGGCAUGAACUCAGUCCAACUGUACAUGAAGGUACCAGGGUGCAGGACUCCGGGUCAUCAGGAAAACCUUAACUUCUGCUCCGUCAAUAUCAACAUCGGACCAGGAAACUGCGAGUGGUUUGCAGUCGACACCGAAUACUGGGGAGUGAUUCAGAGGCUAUGUGAAAGGAACAACACUAACUUCCUGCAUGGUUCUUGGUGGCCACUUCUACAGGAUCUGGAAGAUAUGAAGGUGCCAGUUUACCGCUUCAUCCAGAAGCCAGGAGAUCUGGUGUUCAUCAAUGCUGGCGUGGUACACUGGGUGCAAUCUACUGGAUUCUGUAAUAACAUAGCCUGGAAUGUUGGUCCUCUCAACGGCUACCAGUACAGUCUGGCGGUGGAGAGAUACGAGUGGAACAAACUGCAGAACUACCGCAGUCUCGUGCCCAUGAUCACUCUCACGUGGAAUCUAGCCCGCAAUGUGCGCGUGACUGACCAAAGCCUAUACCUAGGAAUGAAAGCCUGCCUGAUCAAGUCUCUCAAGUACAAUGAGUUAUGCCUGGAAGAGAUAAGAGAGAAAGUGAAACCGCCUGUUGAGGUCAGAUGGCACGGUAGACAACACGGGGAACUGGUGAACUUCUGUGCCACAUGCGAUCAAGAAGUGUUCAACAUCCUCUACACUAAACAGCAGUUGCCCCCCGUCCCCUCAUCAGAUCUGCUUCUCCCGCCGGGGGAGCAGAACUUGAACUCAGGGAUACCCAACUCAGUCUCAGCUGUUACACAUCAAGGCAAACCUCAGGUGUAUGUCUACUGCAGGAGCUGUGCGUUCCGUUUAUCAUCCAACUUGCAGCACUUCGUCAUUCUUCAGGAAUACAAAGUGGAGGAUCUCACUCUCAUUCUAAAUCAUUUCAAACUGAAGCCCAAGGAUGCAGUCCUAGAGAAACCUAACAGCUGAUGGGGUUAGAAGAUAAUUUUUUCGUUCUGAAGACCACAAGUGUUGCUUUGACAGAUGCUUCAUCGAUUUUGCAGUUAUCUAAAUGAAACUGGAAAAGGCAUUUGCUAAUGAUUCUUCCGUUGUUAACAUUUUCUGUAUCUUCUAAUGAUGUUAUCAACUAACAUGGAAUUAAAUACUGAAAGUUGAUCAAUAUAUUUCUAACUUUGUGCUAUUUUGUUCCUCGAAAUUUUAUAAAUUAUUCAGCAUCUAUCAUUCGUGCAUUUUUCUGCUCGAUUUUAAUCAUCUGAUUAUUUUUGCGUUUAUUUCACACAAUUGUUCUUCUUUAGUUGUAAAUGAUUAUAUGAUUACGCUUGCGAUAAGCAAGCGUUAUAAAGUAAAGCAAAUUAUUAUUUGAUUAUCUGUGAUUUAAGGUUUUUAUUGCUUCGUUUCUUUUAUACUGUCAACCUGCGUGUUGUGUGUUUGUUGGUUGAUUUCUAUUGGAGCCUGGUUCUGACCGCGGUGUGUAUGUACAUUUGCAAAACUAGCUGUAAUUUAUUUUAUUCUCCCAA